AUGAUUUUGGAUGUCUCCUACAACUAUCCUGUGCUCCAAUCUGCCCCGAUCUCCAGCAGUCAUACCUCUCUUCUUGGCCUAUCGCAUUCUCCGUCUUUACGUGUCGUGGGUGCUCCGGGCGGUAAUACAACCUGCAAAUUCGAGUCCCACGACGCGAAUGUUCUCAAGCCUGAGUCCGGUGGAGGUCGUGACGACGGUGAGCUUGGUUUAUCAUCAGAUUCAGCCUCAUACUCCGUCGAGGCAAUGCAAGGCGCCCGUCCGACUGCACCUGACACAAUAAAGUGUCCCGUAGUUUUAACUGGUCUCGACGCACAGAAUUCUGGUUCUCUAAAGGCUUCACCGGCCCUAGGUAUAACUGGACACUCUUUGACUGAUGCUACAGCGACCCUCAACAAUGGGCGAAUCUGUGGCGCCAUGAUGACGAAUGUGGCCACGGGUAUUGGCGAAUCACCACUUGCCGCUUCCUCUCCUGAAGAAAACUGUCUAAGCGAAGAUAAUGAUACUAUGGAUUUAGGCUUAGGUGAGCUUUACUUUCAUUUUAUAAAACCAAUAUUGCCCCUUUAA